AUGCGCGGGCAGCAGCGCUUUCGGUCGUCCUUUUCAUCGAAGCGCUCCCCACAUGCCGACGCCGCGCCUGCUGUGCGCGACGAGGAGAGUAUCGAUGAUUGGUCCAGUAUUGAGGUUGAGGUGUUGAUGCCAGAGCCCGAGGUGGCUGCCUCUGGAAACACCGCGACGACAUCCACGACCAACGACGCAGCGGCCUCUGGUCGCUCUUCAUUUGCCUCUCCAGCGGACAGUAGCAGAGCGUCCACAUCGGUGGUGACGAUUGACGCCAUCGAUUCGUACGCCAAGGCGAAGGUGGGCAAUUUUGUGCGGCGCUGGCUGCAGCCAUCGGCGUCUGGUGCCGGUGACGCUGCUCCCUCAUCUUCUGCUGUGGGCUUGGAAGUGCGGCAGGUGCAAGGAUGCGGCGAGGCGAUGCAGUAUCACGCUCGCUGGCGGCUGCCACUGCCGGUGGAGUUCGGGGAGCGCUACGGAGAGGGUUUUGCACCGACGCCCAAGGAGGCCGAGGCAGUGGCUGCCAUGCAUGCCGAGCGUGUCAUCGACGCUCUGGGCUUUCAGCUGUUUCAACUUUCAUCAAAGCAGCGCAAGCACGCGGAGGCGGCGAGGGCAGCAGGGCGGUGGGCUCCGAUGCCCACGGCCACCACCGCGUCGUCGAGUGGUGCGGCCAUCACGACUGCGGAGGUGGUGCCGUCACCUGACACACCGUCGCCGCCGCCGCUGCAGCUGCUGGGAUUGUCCGCUCAACAGCGUCAGGAGAAGGAGCUACAAAUCGACCGUGUCCAAUUCGCCCCGGUGCAGCGCGGCGGCUUCACCCCUCUCGCCUUCGCAUUAGCAUCUCCCCACUACUUUGACUCAGGCAGCCACAGCCGCAUCGAGCGCUUCUUUCGGGUUCAUCGCACUUCAUUCAAGGCAAAUCUGCACCUCGUAUUGCUGAAGAGUGGCGACUACGGCACCACCAAGGGCGAUGGUGUCGGCGAAGGUGUGGACAUGCGCCAGCACGCGAGCACGCCGGGAGGCCUCUUCCUUGCUCAGCUCAUCCUUCCCUUGCCUGCACGUUUUGGCAAGCGCAUCGCGAUGGGAAAGGCACCUACUCGCAAAGAGGCAGUGUUACUCGCCUGCAUGCACGCGGAGCUCAUCAUCGACGCCGUAGGCUUCGCCCUUUACCCUGAAAACCGCGAGAAACAGGCCGCCCACGCUGUGGAGUGCGCGAAGAUGCAUCGCUGGUGCGCGCAACCGGGAGACUGUGCAUACAGGUAUACCGCCCCCUCCCCGCCACCAAUGGAGCUUGUGGAGGAGCUUCAUCCGUCAAUGGUUGCGGCAGCAACAGUGGUGACCUCCGAGCCUGAUAGCGCCGUUGCCGGGGCCCUACUCCACACGAGCGCGGCACACAAAACGGCCUACGCUCGCAGAGACGGGGGGAGCUCUGGCGCCUCUCCUUCACCGAGGAUGCUUGCAGACGCUCAGGCCGGCAGCGCGCCGUCCUCUGUGGAGUCGAUUUUGCUACAGCAUCAGCAAGCCGUGAUGGCGGUGCGCUACUUCGUAGACGAGCCGUCGCUGCGCGACUUUGAGCCAGCGCGGCUACUGCUGGAGCGCUAUGUGAAGCAGUUCGUCUCGCGGUCCGCCGUGCACGCCGAGACCACCACCUUCCCAUCAGCCGCCUCCCCAACCGAUUCUUCUUUGACGGAGCUCAUGCUUGUGGAAGAGCUGGGUCAGCGUGACCGACGUGUCUUUCGGGCCACCAUCACGGUGCCGCUGUCCAAUCCGAGAAGCGAACAAGCAGCCCCAACGGCAGCAACAGCCGCAGCAGCAUUGGUCGCACCAGCAGUAGAGACGGCUGCGGUGCAGAAUGUCGAUGCCAGUUCGCCGCUUCCGUACACGCAGUCGUUUGUUGCAAUUGGUGUGUCCUACACGAAUCACCUUGCUGAGUUGGCUGCUGCCAUGCACGCACUGCGCACAUUGGGGGCACUGAAUCGCCUCUGCCUGGUGCGCGUCAACGCUGCCGUAGAGCAGGCGCUGGAGUCGUUCGCAAUGCGGGCACAGAUCCCUCUCCACGACGCGGCACAGCCCAUGCUGUACCCGUGGCAGCUCCCGCCAGAGUCCCUGCCAGCACCGGUGAGGGUCAUGGAGGGCUUUGUGGGCCGUAUCGCAGCUUCAGGGCUGAAUCUCAGAGAUCGUAAUUACUUGCCCAAGGGCAUGGGUUCGGAGCAGGUGAGAGACCGCUUUGCAGCUCGCGUUCCGUUGCUGUCAGAAGAAGCGGGAACGGCCGUGAACACGCUGAACCGCGAAGAUGACCUUUUGCGGGAGCUACGCGCACGUCAAGAGCGACUGCCUCGCAUGCACUGGGACACGUCACCAGACGCUGAUGACCGCAUUAUCGUGUCGCCCGACCUCGAUGCCACGAUGAGCCGUAUGUACAAUCACACGCUCUCGUCCGUGCGCCAGCCUGACGUGAGGGCAACGAUUCGCUUACGCGACUACCUGGAGCGCUAUGGCACGUCGCCUGAAAUGGCGGUGUCUGUUGUGCGCGUGUACGGCAAUCAGGAACGCUCAGAGGAGCGCGAACUGUAUGUAGCGACGGUGGUGCUGCCCGUCACGCUGCGCCACCAGCCCAAAGCAAAGCAGUGGCCGCCUUUGGCCGCCAAAAGUCAGACGAGCGCGCUGUCGUCAAGCACUCCACCGUCGUCAGAGUCUCAUCAGGCAAGGCAAUGGCGGCUGCCAGAGUACGUAGCGCAAGGUGAAGGCCCCACCCGCGACGAUGCAGUUCUACUGUGCGCAGCGCACGCGGAGGCCCUGCUUGAUGCAGCAGGGCAGCCGUUCUACGACCAUGCGCUCCUGCAGCGAAAGCACGCCGACACGGCGCGAGCGCUCGGGCGCUGGGCACCGUUGGUGCGCGGUGCAGCCUUGCCGCCAGAGUCACUCCGUCGCACGCCGCCGCCGCUGCGCAAGGUUACGCGCGAAAGUGCAGUGUGGGCUCGCGUGCAGGAACAGCGACGCGCCUCAGCAUGUGAGGGCGCGGCGAGCGAGCCCGCUGGGCAUGCAACUGGCGUGCUGUCGCCGGCCUCGUCUACUCGCAGUCGAGACGCGGGAGCGGGGGCGCCUGCCAGCGCUGCUCUUGCGGACGAUGAAGCGCUGUGUGAUAUUGCCGGUCUCCAAUUCGUCUACCACACAGACAUUGCCCAAAGUGCGCUUCGCCAGGUGGCGGAGUAUUUUUCGAAGAACGGUUCCGACAUUUAUCGGAUGGUGCGUCAGUACGUGGUGCGGCAUCCGGAACUAGGUGUGAUACAUCGGGCCAUUGUGGAGAUGCCGUUGCCAGCGUCAUACGGUAAGCGGUACGCCGUUGGCUGUGCUUCUACGAAACGUCAUGCGCUUUUUCUCUGCUGCACCCACGCCUUGCUCAUUCUGGACGCCUUGCACCUUCCCGUAUUCACAGAGUAUGGCCGACAGCGAAGGUACGCACGGGCGGCGGCUGUGAAGGGCCGCGACGCACCGCUUUCCGGCAAAGUCUGCGGAAAGUGUGACACGCCGUCUCCGCCAGGGCUCUACUAUCUCACCACGUGCGCCGCUGCCAGAGAAAAGCCUGCAGACAUACCAAAGCUGCCCUCCCUCAGAGACCGCAAGAGCCUAGCCUUGUGGGCCACCUUUGUGAAUCACAGUGCGUCGUAUGUGACGCGCAGGCGUGAGACGCGGGUGACAGAGGCAGUCAGUUCAGCAGGAGGCCCAAGGGUGCCUCGCUCAGGCGUCGUUGCCGAGGACGCGACGUCGGAUAUAGCCGCUAGCACGCCGGGCGACAAGUUUGCGCGGCGCCAGCUAGUAGACUUGUGCCGCAUUGCUGGACUGCCUGACCCCACAGACGACGUGCCGUCGAAGUCUGUGGCCCUCUCUUCAAACGAACGGCGCUUCUUUACUUCCAAGGAGCUUGCCGGGACACCGUACACGAUGCGCGGUGUCAGCGACGCGUCUCCGGCCGAGAGUCGCCACCGCGCCUUUGGGCAGGGUAUUCACCUUCUCCUCCUUGUCGUGCGUCCCAACAGCGUCAGUGCGCCGACGCCGCGUCGCAGCUGGUGGGACGGGCAGCAGCGUACCUUGUGCAUCCACGAUUACGUGAGGAAUCAGGUGACGCCGCACGGCUGUGUGUGGGUGCUUCGGAUGUGGGCCGCCAUGCAUUACCCGCCCCUGUAUGUUCGCAUGAUGAUGCGAAAGGUGGAGUUGCCGACGGAGGAGCGGGACAAAGCGGUUGCGUGUGCAGGCGACUCAGAUAGAGUGACGAGCCCACAGCAGACGCCGAGUCUGUCGGCGCACGGCACGCCUAGCCCCCCUGCCGACUAUCAGGGUGUAGCGUCUAUUAUCGAGUCCCGUGACGGCGUUGAGAAAGUGCUGUAUCAUGCUGCCUGUGAAACUUCCGGUCCCGCCGCCACCACUGCUGCUGAUUCUGUCCACAGAGCGCUUCGACAGCUGCUCAGCGACGUCCAGCGCACGCCGACGAUGCAGACACUCUGCCGCUUUCUGUCACAACAGCCGCAGCUGCACAUCCCGUCUAUUCGCGUUCUGGUCGAUCCCGAGGAUGUCGUGCAUCGAUUGCAUGCGCUCGUGUGCAGCUCUCACAGCAGCGAGCGCAUCGUGUGGUCUGCUGAGCCGCUGCAGGUAGGGCAUCUGGCGGUUCUGUUGCCGCUCCUCAAGCGUGAUAAGCGACCGACCGCUUCGUUUUACGCAACAUGGCCUGUAGAGCUGCUACUGAAGUGGGUUGGUGCCGUCAGCAGUGCCCAAGAAUGGGCUGCAUCGAAGAAUGGUGAGGCGGACUGCGGUCUGGCUCAGCACGGAUGCCUUCCCUCGACACUUGAGUCCACCUUUGUGAGAUACGGUCUCGCCCGCGCCGCGCCGUCCGCGAGGUCGGCGUUUCCGACGCGCACUACAAGCUUGCGCCUUCCUUCUCCGAUGGUGCCCACGCCGCUCGCCGGCGCACUGGCGCUCCUGUGCGGGUGUCUUCCUCCGCUCCCUGAUGUGUUGAUCGGCGAGGAGGACGGAAAGAGCACUGCGGCAGUGCAGGUGACUGUAAACACGCCGAGGUUGGCAGAGCGGGACCGUGAGCUGCCGCUGCAGCUGGCUCACAUGAUCCUUAUGGGGCUGCUGUUAGGAUGUGCCCCGUGGGCGGUGCGCGCGGCGGCGAUUGUGGCAUGUGCGGAGCACACAUUGGAGUGGUAUGACAAGCAGCAACGACUGUCUGCCGCUGCCGGUGGCAACGACGCAACUGCAGAGACGCCGCCGCUGCCAGCCCCGCGCUUGGCGCCGUACGUCAGCGUGGACGUGACAGAGGCGGUGUUGGCUUCGCUGGACGCGACAGCUCCCCCUUUGCCUGAGACGGUCCUCCGCUACGCGUCGGAGGUGGAGCGGCGGCUGGAAGCCCUCUGGAUGGAGGUCUCCGCCUCGGCAGCUGCGGGGAAGGCGCCCCUUCUGCAGUGGCUGCCGCCGCCGGAGGGGUGGGGCGCGUGUUUAGGCAGAGCAGACGCGAGUAAGCGAUCCUCUUCACCAGCAACUGGUGUCCUCACACUGACCGAGCGCCGCAUUUUGCGCCCACUGCUGCAGUGCGCCGUUGCCACGUCAGCCGCCCCUCACGCGGUGUGGGUGCGUGCCACCCACAUGGAGAGGGGAGGCGGCGCAGACGAGGUUGUCGGCAACGGUGCCGGCUGGUCUUUGGACGAGACGGAUGCAGGGGAGCAGCGUCUCGUCUUCCAGCACAGACAUGCUGCGCACUACGCUGCUGUGCGCGUAAGCCAUCGCGACCUCACACAGGUCGAAACCCUCGAGUCGGCCAAUGACAUCUCUGCGAUGGCGACAUGCUUUACAGCCUUUGGGUGUGCUGUGUACCCCACCGAGCCGCUGGUGGGCUUGACACUGGAGCAGGAACAGGCAUCUGCGUUGUUUCGUCCUUUGCGCGCCGAAGACGACCUCGAGGACGAGGCACAGGCGAACGGUGACGACGAGGGAGGCGAGGAGGAGGACGAGAAGCUGGAGGGCCUCGACGAAGACGAUGUUGACGUUGGCCAGUUUUCGCGUGUCUUCGGGACGUGCGUCUCGCCUCUCGGCGCAGCGCUGGUUGCGGCAGCACCGACAAGGUCUGCAUCGCUGCAGUCGCACCGCUCCGUACACGCUGUGCCCGAUGACGUGGCUGCUGGCGGUACACUUCGUGCGGUUGGCGAAAACUUGCCCGUGCUGAUGACUGCGUUUCAAGAAACGGUGCCGCUGCUCGUGCACCGUCGUAACUCUGUGCCGCUGCUGUCAAGCCUUUCUGCGCACCUGCGUUCACGCGUUGAGGCAACGACACCGUUCUCACCGGAGGAACGGCGUGCCAUCUCACAGCUCUUCACCAUGACUGUGCGCAGUGCGGCGGAUGAAGAGAGCUGCGGUGAUGAGACGGCGUAG